AUGCUCGGUUCGGAGCCCCGGGGCCUGCGGGUGCCGGGUCACUACCGAAUCGAGUGGCUCCUGCCCGGACCUCGCAGCACCGGCUGCCCUGUGCCCCUGGAGAAGCUCCCCUUGGCUCAGCGCCUGAGGCUGGUUGACAGGAGGCUACAGGACGUGGCCAGACACCUGGAUGAAGUUCUGAUACCGUUUGUGCCCAUGGCGUGGGUCAAGCUGCAGGAUCACGUGGCUCAGAAAUGCUUGGAGAUUGAAAUGAAGGCUUUUCCUAAGGUCGCUGCACACGACCUGAAGAUCAAGCACCUGACGGAAAUGUUGAGCAGCUCCCGCCCCUUGGCAGGCCAGGUCUCAGUUUGCCAGCAUUGCCGCAAGGCAUAUCCAGGAAAGAUGAAGGGUAAGAAAACUCCGAAGGAGACAUCUCCUGAGCUGCAUGGUCUUCGAGACAUCAUGGAUUCACAUGGAAAGCGCUACAUCAGCGACAGUUCCCACGAGGGCUCUUUGACUCAGCCGUUGAUGGAUACGCCGGAACCCGAAACCCAAACUCUCGUGAGGCACCCCAAUGAGCAUGAAGGCCUCUCAUUGUUCGCCCCACUAGAGGUGGAAGGCGAACACAGCUCGGUUGAGUCAUCGGAGGACAAGGCGAAUGGAAAAGACAUUGCUCAGCUUGAUGAUGCCUUUCUAGAGGACCCGCAGGCCCUGGACAGCGUUACAUCAAGCAGCGAAGAUGAACCGGGCUCUCCUUGUUUUUGCUCAAUGCCGAUACAAAUUGUUGAAGAGGACUCCGAGGAUGACAGCUAUGAGGAGUUUAGGAGGCUUGGCAUGGAACUAACUGAGCCAGUGCCACGUCGUGAGAAUAAAAAAGUCAUGCGGUCUAUUGUAUGUGUUGCUGUUUAUGCUGUCCUUAAUCACUGCCUUAGGGAAAAGCUUUUUGAAGAUUGUGAGGGCUGUGUCAUAGAUGUGCCAGCCCAACGGCGCCAUGACUGUGUGACUUGGACUUCAGUAGAUAUAAACUGCAAGCUCCGGGGCCUGUGUGCUGAGCUGUAUUUGGAAAGCUUAUUAAACACUGUUCUUGCCAUAGGUUAUGCUAUGCAAUGUCUGUGCCUAACCCAAAAACAUUUAGCGUAAGGGGUGACCUUGAUAAAUGCUGUGCAAUUUAGUGCAGACCCUGACCGUGUUUUAAAGAAAAUGACCAAACUGGAAGAUGCCUGUGUCACAUUAUUGACUUGAACUGGGACCGUAUAGAACAUGGUUGCAACCAAGGUCCUGUAGUGGCACCAAAUCUUAUGUA